GUUUCAACAACAACGGGGUUCAAGAUGGCCUUCGCCGCCGCAGCUGUCGUGGCCUCGCUCGCAUGGAAUGCAAACACAGCAGCUUCCAUGGAGUUUCCGCAACUUGUCGUGUCUCAAGAAAAGCGCUCGGCCCUUCGACCGACCUUACCUCCUCGUCCAGACUACGUUCAGGCUUCAGGACGAAGUUCCACCAGGCGACAAUUCUACUUGGCGCCGUACUCCGGAGCUGGGUGGUCCACGUGCUUGGAGCAACAAUGUCAAGCGGCGUAUGGCGAUUGCGUCAAUUUCUUUGGUGGGGAUGGAUGUUUGUGCUAUCCAGGUUUGCUGUGGUGUGCGUCUCGCAGGUGCGAUGUCGACUCUGUCACCGAUGUGUACAAUGCGUGCACGUUGGCGCUGUUGGCUUUCAACAGCACCAGCGCGGCCCCUCGCUGCGCACUGUCUUGCUCGUCUGCCGUGUACCCGAUCCGUUCUUGGAACAACUGGACAUUCAACGACGUGGGCGCAGUCAACGUGCCGAUGAAGUUCACCGUUACUGCGGCGUUAGAAAUUGAUGCGUUGGGGACACUGGACGUUGCUGGUGCGGCAUUUGAGCUGGCCGACGCCGUGGCGCAAGUUGUCAACGUGCCCAACAUCACGUUGGAAAACGUCACGUUGUCUUCCGUCGUGGCCACCGCAGAGAACGUUUCGCUUGUGCAAGUUGUGGUAGCUUGCCCUUCCCCAGAAGCCAUGAACGCUACGAUGGUCACGCUCGAGCCGAUGGUUAGCGCUCCCGGCUCCACAGCACUGGGUGCCGCGCUUGUAGACUUCAACAUCCUAUUUAACGCGUCGCAGCUUCAAAUCCAAUCUGUGCAGGAAGCCGUGGUGAUGCUGCUUCCACCACAACAAGUCCUUCCCACGUCCACGCCGAUCCCGCACACUACGACUCGGGAGUCACAGCCUCCACCCCAGCCUAUCGAGCCACGUGGUCGACUCGCGCUACCGGUUGCGGCGAUCGUUGGGAUCAUGUUUGGGGCCGCGGCACUCAUCGUUAUCGCGAUUUCAUUUGCAUGCUGGUGGCGUCGACGAAAUGGUGUACACAGUGGCUACGUCCUCCAUGGCAUUUAGAAUUAAAUUUAAAGUGACGCUUGUGUUUUGGG